AUGAAUUUGUUAAAAUUAUUGACGAUCGUUCUCCUGGUUGUGACUUGUGCGAAGGGCAGCGUUCUAACAACGAAAAAUCUGUUACAUCCACGACAAAGAGAGUCGUGUUUUACUUGUAAGGCCGAAGAUAGGCCUUUUGGCUGGUCCAUCAUGUCUUACAUGGGAAAAAUCAAGGAUUCAGUUGUGCGAUCUCUAAACGGACUUUUGGAGAAGGCCAAAAAAGCGAAACUUGCCUAA